AUAUCUCGGCAUCGGCCAGAGCAGCCCCACAAUCUUUUUGUGUGCUUGCGCUAACGAACUCAUCGGUCAUAUUGUUCAAAUCUCUUUUGGAGGGGCUUCUGUCAUUCUGCAGAGACAAUUAUUGUUGAAGUCAUCAUGCCUGGACGUCCACUUUGGCAGUGCGCCGGUAAACGUGAGCCAGAAAAAGAUGCCGAGGCUCAAGCCUGGAUCGAGUACAUCGUAGGCGAGAGGUUCCCUGCGGGUUUCAGUUACGAGGAUGCUCUGAGGGAUGGUGUCAUCCUCUGCAAGUUGAUGAACAGAUUGCAGCCGGGGAGCAUCACCAAAAUUAAUGUCUCCGGGGGUGACUACAAAUUCAUGGAUAAUUUACAACAAUUCCAGAGGGCAUGCACUAGAUAUGGAGUACCUGACGUUGAUCUUUUCCAAGCUGUGGAUCUGAUGGAGAGAAAAAAUCUCGCUCAAGUCACCAACACAAUCUUCGCCAUUGGACGUGCUUGCUACAAACAUCCAGAGUGGCGCGGCCCUUGGCUGGGACCCAAGCCCGCCGAGGAGAACAGGAGGAACUUCUCCGAGGACCAGCUUAGGGCGGGAGAGGGUGUCAUUGGUCUACAGGCCGGCUCCAAUAAAGGCGCCACACAGGCUGGACAGAGUUUCGGUGCCACCAGGAAAAUUCUCCUGGGAAAAUAGCUCAUUUAUCGUUGGACAGUUUUUAUCGGGUGGCCUUCACUAACGAAUGAGUUUUUGUAAAUUAAAUGUGGAGAUGAAUACAAAAUAAAUAGAUGUUGAUUAAAAAAAAUCAAGAAA